AUGGCUUCAGAAGGGCUUGUGCCGGCUCCUGCAGCGGAUUGGAAGGGGGACAGUGAUGGCAAUCCCAACUUCCGGACCCUGGGGAAGAUUUCUCCACCUGUAAUGCGCAAGAUUGAGCCAUUCGGAGCACAGUUUCUCGCGUAUGCUCGUCGCAAACGCCAUGGUCGUACUUUCUCCGAAGAUCAACGUAUCGAAGCCCUCAAAAAAGUGAAGAAAUCCGAGGACGAUGAUGAUGGCGAGAUCAGUGAGCCGGAGGAUCCCUUGAUGCUUGCCAGAGACGCGAAGGACUGGAAGGGACAAGACCAUUACGCCGUCCUCGGUCUCUCCAAAUACCGCUACAAAGCUACCGACGAGCAGAUCAAGAAAGCUCACCGUAAGAAAGUUCUCAAGCACCAUCCAGACAAGAAAGCCGCUGCCGGCCAGAGCGAUGAGAACGAUUCCUUUUUCAAAUGCAUUCAGCGCGCCUACGAAAUUCUGACCGACCCGGUCAAGCGCCGUCAAUGGGACUCGGUCGAUGAAGCUGCCGACGUCGAACCUCCUACUAAGAAAGACAUGCAAAAGCCAGGAAACUUUUACAAGAAAUGGAAUGCCGUGUUUCAGAGUGAAGCCAGAUUCAGCAAGAAGACCCCGGUUCCGAUGCUCGGCGACGAGAACAGCACGCGCGAAGAAGUCGAGGAAUUUUAUGAUUUCUGGUACAACUUUGACAGUUGGCGCACCUUUGAGUAUCUGGAUGAAGACGUCCCAGACGACAAUGAAGGACGAGACCAUAAGCGACACAUUGAGAAGAAGAACGCCAAUGCUCGACGUAAGCGCAAGACUGAGGAUACGGCUCGGUUGAGGAAACUUGUGGAUGAUUGCCUGAGCUAUGACGAGAGAAUAAAGAAGUUCCGCAAGGCCGCGAAUGCAGACAAGAAUAAGAAGCGGUUGGAGAAAGAGGCUGCUGCGAAACGAGAAGCCGAAGAGAAACAGCGAGCCAAGGAGGAAGAAGAGCGAAAGAAGAAGGAAGAAGAAGAGAAGUUGAAGGCGGACAAAGAGGCGGCCAAGAAGGUGAAAGAGGCAGCGAAGAAUGCCGUCAAAAAGAACAAGCGUGUGGUCAAGAACAGCGUCAAAGACGUGAACUAUUUCUCAGUGGGGGAGGCAUCACCUAAACAGAUCGACGAUGCGUUGAACGACGUUGACAAGUUGCUCGGCAACAUUGACGCGGACGAAUUAGCCGACCUUGUCUCUAAACUCAACGUUGCCGGAAAGGACGCAGCCAAGGUCAAGGAAGUGUUCUCGGAGACCACAGGUAGCCUGGUUGGAGCUGGGAAGCUGAAGGAGAGUGAUUUGAGGGUCUUGAAAUGA